AUGGAUCGAAAAACCCACAGGGCAUCAGCGAUGAUUGAGGCUGAUAAGGUUGAACGUACUGAGGUCUCUCGAGUCGGGAGAGAAAAUCAAGUCUACUCAAAGCAAACGGGUGCAAGAAUCGUCGCUGGUUGCGUAUGUCUGUCGAAGGACAGGAAACAUGUAUUAAUGAUCUCAUCCUCAGCUAACCGAAACCGCUGGAUAUUCCCAAAGGGUGGCGUCGAAAUCGAUGAACCAGACUACAAGCUUGCCGCCCGUCGAGAAACCUGGGAAGAGGCUGGGUGCAUUGGCAACAUUGUAGCCAGCUUGGGCGUUAUUGAAGAUAUGAGACCUCCAAAAGAGUGGAACAAUGACAUUGCAAGUUUCACUGACAGCAAUGAAGAGGUCAUCGCUCACCCGCCAAGAUCAGAAUUUCAUUUCUACGAAAUGGAAGUGACUGAACUCCCAGAUAGAUAUCCCGAGUGUGGUAAAAGAGAUAGAAAAUGGUUUGAUUACAGAGAGGCGAAGGAACUGCUGCUGCUGGCGAAGAGGCCAGAGCUGCUGACAGCGUUGGACAGAUCCAGUGUCUUAAAGGAUAUAUGA